AUGUCGGCCGACUUCUGGGCCGGCUAUCUCAGCGGAGUAGUUGGAAUUGUGGUGGGCAAUCCUCUGGACAUUGAGAAGGUGCGCCAGCAAACUACAAGGCAUGCCAUCGGAAAGCUAUAUAGCCAGAGCUCUGUGGCCUUUAUGAAAGGCACUGCCGCGCCAAUUUUUGGCUAUGGGGCUUUGAAUGCGCUGCUCUUCGUGUCAUACAACCGGUCGGAGGCAAUGCUCAAGGACGCGGCCUCGACACGAGAUGCCGGAUGGGUUACUUGGACAGCGGGAGCAAUGGGUGGCCUUGCUGUAUGGGUUGUCAGCGCUCCAACAGAGUUAAUCAAGUGCCGAGCGCAGAUGUCAACCCCUGCCACAUCCAGCUGGACGAUAUUCAAGCAGAUACUGCGUACCGACGGUGUAAAGGGCCUCUACCAUGGCGGGGUCGUCACGGCGCUGCGGGACAGCAUCGGCUAUGGCUUUUAUUUUUGGACAUAUGAAUUGGCUCAUCGCUAUUGGCCUGCUGCAGCAGCUGCAGGGCGCGAUGACAACACUUCUGGGCGGCGAGAGACAUCAAAGGUGUUGUUGUGUGGUGGCAUUGCAGGGAUUGCCACUUGGGCCAGCGUUUUCCCCCUCGACGUCAUCAAGUCGCGGCUUCAGACACAGCAGUAUCCUGCAUCAGUUCUUGCGUAUCGCGGUAUCGCAAGUAAGAAGAGAGGCGGAGCAUGGCACAUUGCUAAAGACACUUAUAGAGAAGGUGGGAUUCGUCCCUUCUUCCGAGGUCUGUCCAUCUGCAGUGUGAGGGCAUUUCUCGUCAAUGCCAUUCAGUGGGCGGUAUAUGAAUGGAUUAUGAGUGAAAUGAGCAUGGGCAAUGGACAUGCACGACUAUUGUCAGAGGCUUGA